AGGCGAGAGGGAGCGGCGGCAGCAGCAGCGGCGAGUGUUACGUGGAACUCAGCUGUGAGCAAACGUCAUCGGCGGCUUUCACCCCACACUUGUGUUAUCAGCUGACCGCCACCCUCUACCUUAUCAGUGUGACCUGCCGUCCACCUGGAGGCUUGAUGCCAGUGCCCUGAGGUGCAGGAGAGAGAGAGUAGUAGUAGUAGUGAUGGAGGUGUUAGCGUGGGUGAUGGUGGGAGUGCUGGUGACGGCGGCUGACGGCGUCAUGUUCCACCUGCAGCCCAACACCCAGAAGUGUCUCCGGGAGGAGAUCCACAAGGAUGUCCUCGUCUCUGGCGAGUACGACAUUCAGGAGUCCCCCGGGCAGAAGGUGGACAUACAGGUUACAGACUCGAAAGGUCAUCAUCUUUAUGUAAAGGAAGAAGCAGAAAGCGGCAAGUUUAUGUUCAAUACCGAGGACUAUGAUGUUUAUGAAAUCUGCUUUAUUUCCAGGGUUCCUCCAACUCAGCGGGGUAUACAACAAGAGGUCACCCUUAAAACUAAACAUGGAGUGGAGGCAAAGACUUAUGAAGCAAUGUUUUUGGGUGAAGCAGCCAAGCUAAAGCCUCUCGAGAUUGAGCUGAAGCGUCUGGAGGACCUCAGCGAGAGCAUUGUACAAGACUUCUCAUACAUGAGGCAACGUGAAGAGGAGAUGAGAGACACUAAUGAGUCCACAAACUCAAGAGUGCUGUACUUGUCUCUCUUCUCAUUAUGUUGCCUGAUUGGCCUGGCAACUUGGCAGGUUCUCUACCUCCGGAAGUUCUUCAAGGCCAAGAAGCUCAUAGAGUAAAAAUUAAAGAUACUCUCAUCCCUACAAAGGAUGUGAUAUGGUACAGCAAAAAACAGGCCUCAUAACUGGGAUGCAUUCAAACUAGAAAAGUAAAACUAACUUUUGUCCAAUCAUUUUAGUUAACAAAUGGCUUGGUUUUUAAUGUAAUUUGAUCAAUUGUUUUAUAAAAGAUAGCGUACUGGCAAGUGCCAGAUCCAAAUACCUUAUUAUAUUAGAUGAAAAAAGUGUUAAGCAAUGUGUUGAACUUCAGUACUGGAAGACCAAUUGAAAAAUAUUUCUCGAUUUAACAUAUUUCUGAUUAUGGAUUUUAACUAGUAAUGAGGUUUUAUCCAGUUUUAUCUGCAAAGGCAAUCAGCGGGCAAUUUGCAAAGUACGAGAUUUUGAAAAUGGAGUAUAAUUUAGUCUCCUAAAAAUUUGUAAUUUUUACACUACAGUAUAACUUGGCACAAGAUUCUCAUGGCUGAAUAAAAAAAAAAAAUUGUGUAUGCAGUUAGAAGGAACGUGCAAAUGGUAGCACCUUCAACUGCAGGAUACAUUAUUUGUAUCAGUGUACAGUAAAUAGCUACUCAACACUAGACAUAACUAUCAUAAGAUAAUAAGAAAGUGUUACUUCCUUCCUCAUUGUACCAAGUGAUUUUUUUUUUUUUUUUUAAUGCACAAGUUUUCUCUAGGAAGAGAAUACUAUUAAUGUACUGUAUAUUUAAUGCAACAUCUUUAGUAAUGUUUAAUGAUUUUGUAUGGACAAUGUUUUGCAAUACUGUUACCCGUAUUAUUGUGCAGUCAUUGUCUUUAAAAGUUUACUUGGAACACAAGAUUGAUGUACAUUUGUUUACUUUUAUUUAUUGUCUGUUUUUUCUUGAACUGCAAGCUAACAAUGUUAUGGGCACAUGUUGCACAGAUUAAUGUUUAGGUUAUAGAAUACAGUACUAUACUGUAUUUAGAUUAAUACGCUUGGUUGUAACAUCUGAUGGAUGGGUAAACCACGUGAAAGGUUCAUAUCUUAGAUAAACUUCCAAGAGUGUGGCUGUUAGUUUUCAUACAAAAUUUUUUUUUUUUUUCCUCAGGUGUCAAAAGUGGUUUAAUUUUGUACAUAGUUUUGCUUUGCUUUUCCAUUAAUAAGUUUAACGAGUUGACUUUGUAGAUUUGUUUGACGCUUUUUUUUUUAAUACAGCUUUCCACUGAAUAAUAAUUUGUAUGCUAUUGUACCUGUACUGUUGUUUCCACUGAUCUGUUUUAUUAUGCUAGAUGCUAGAUACAAAAUCUACUUCUUAUAUUAAACAAUGAAGAUGGCUUUUCAGGACAGAACAGUACAACCUAGUUAAAACCAAAUUUUUCACAAAUAUUGUUAGGCAAUUAUUUUCAUAAAAAAUUGGGAACUUGGAUGGCAGACAUUUCAAUAGGUGCUAAAUGUGUGGGAGUUAAGUAUAUGGAUAUACAGUAUUCUCUUAUAAUGUGCCUCACUUAAUCUUUGGGGGUUAAACCAAUUUCUUAAGAUUAAUGAAGAUGUGUUUUGUGAAGUUCUGCAUUUUUCACUUUUAGCGUACCAAUGGUGGUCUUGCUUAUACAUUUGCUAGGCAGAUAGUUUGUCAAAGUAAUUAGGUUGAACCAUGUUGUAAAAUCUUUAUUUCACGUGACUUGUAUAAGCUCGCAUAUUGUUUGAUCUGGUGUAAUUGAGUGUGUGUGUGUGUCCGAGUCGAUGAAAUUUCUGAUCUUGAAUAAAUAAUAAUUUGUA